AUGAUCAUAAGCUCUUCACUACGGGCCAGGUUUGGUAACACCUUGGAAUCACACCAAAUAGAUGAUGACUAUUCGGAUCCAACGGACGACGAAGUUGUAAACUCCUCACCACUUCCACAACCGCAACUACAGUCACUGACACCUUCACAUGCAUCUACAUCUACAAUUCCACAACAACAACAACAACAACAACAACAACAACUGCAACUGCAACUGCAACUGCAACAACUGCAACAGUGGUCACACUCGACAAGGACUUCAAGUUCAGCCUUGACAUCAUUGAAUUGUGACCUGUCAACACAUGGAUUCAAUAGUGCCCCCUCGUGUCUACCACACCAAACCUCUUACACUAGUCUUUCGCAAAACGAUGCUUAUUUGAAUGAACUCCAGUUUGAUCCAGAGGAACCAGUUCCCACUUACGAGACAUCACAGCUAAUGCAUCAGAAUAAUCGAGCUCAGCCUACAGAGAUUGAGCCUGUCCAACGCGUAUCUAUAGAUGGCCAAUAUACUGCGAGGGAAUUGCCAAGGGGACUUGCGUCACAUCUAUAUACUCCUAUUCCGUCACUACCGAUACCAAGGACGUCUUCAAUGUUUUUCCUGGAUUCAGUAGAAUCAUCAGUGUCAACAACGCCAAUUCUUCUACAACAGCUGCUGCAACAGCUGCAGCUUCAGGGUAAUUCUCACUCACCACAUCACACGUUAUCGUCAAACACAUCUUCUUCUACUAGCACACAGUUUCGUAACAAGUUCAAACAAACUUCCAUCAAGAAAUUGGGCUUAAAGUUUCUUAAUGCAAGACAGCAUUUCUUGCUAGCUUCUUGUCGUGAUAUAUCUUUAAUACCGCCAUUGUUUGGACUAUAUCAGUCAUGGACACGUAUUUAUCAGGAUAAUGACCCAAUGAAUGCUACAUCUUACAAGAUAACAACUGCUAGAGGUUUGGAACAUUUUCUAACUGGUGUUUGGUGUAUUGUUGCUGCGUACUUGUCCUAUUCGAUCCUUGAUUCCUUGUUGGUGAGAUGGAUAAUCACAUACUCCACCUCUGCUGCAAUUGUGCGAGUGUUGUCAAUGUCUACCAUCAUGAUUUUUUGUGAAUUGUACAUGGUCAGCACGUUUAGUGCUGAUGGUUACAAGUAUGGCCUACACAUUUGGAUCUUGAUCAGUUGUCUCUUGACUUUUACGUAUAUUGUGCAAAAUUUUGUCACGCUGAAUUUGCAACUUGAACAUCAUAAUAAUGUCAAACUACACGAGCCGGUUCGUGGAAGUGGAGGUGGUGCUGGUGGUGGUGGUGCUGGUGGUGGUAAUGGUGAAAAUGAAGUGGAUAACAGUGCCACCAGCCUGACUCCAACAACAAGUAGCAGAACUGAAAACAGCAAUACUGCAGGUCGCACUAACAUCAAACAUCAUGGCCAAAUGAGGAUGAAAAAGCCAAGGCGAUUUUUUGAUUUUUACAAUAUUGUCGUAUUUGCUGUGGUUCCAGUGGGACUAGCAAGUUUUGUGACAAUGAUUGGACUAUUGAGGUCUUUAUUGAUACUACGGAUCGAUGUCGAUCAAGUCAUGAAAAACGUGGGUUGA